ACUUAUCUAUACAAAGGUCAACUAUCAUUAUUACGAUGUGUCGUAUCGUUCUGAAUACGUCGAAAUAAUUUUCAACACUACCAACACAAAUAUAAUGAAUCAACUGUGCAAAAUUUUGCGUGCUACAUUCAUCGUUCCGUUUUCUGCUGGUCUGAUAAAGGAGCGACGAAAUGUAGGAUUUUCAGUACAUGACGGCAGUAUUGCUGGAGUAGUUCUAUUGACCACAGCCAUGAUCAUCAUAUUUGAAACAAUAGUUGUACUACCAGUGAAUCAGUCUCGAUUGCUGAUGAUAGGACUUGCAGGUCUGGCGUUAAUCGGUCUAGUGAUGUGCAGUGUUGCAGCUCGAUGCCGUUCUAACUGGGUAGAAAUAAAAAUUGUAAAACCUAGCGAUCAAUUGAAACUAAAAUUUCUGUGGUUGUUUUGUAUCGGGAAUAUUAUAUAUCAAGCAUUGCAACUAGCGAUGCACCUCGUCUGCAAGGUUUACAACUUCCAAGUCACACUAUUUUGGGCGUUCACCUGGACAUUUCAGAUAUGUCAAACUGUUUUCAUUCACUAUUUUUCUAGAUUUGAAUUUGCAAAUGUUUUGUGUUUGUAUUACGGUUUAUUGGUUUUAUUUGUGACAAAUAUUUCAAUGUGGUCACAGCAAACUUUCUAUACAUACAGAAUUAAUCAUGAUAUAAAUAUCAGCUAUCUCAUUAAUAGCACAGUCUCAAACUGUUUAUACGUUGAUGGACUCUCUAAGGCAGUAGGAUUUUUAAAUCCGUAUCUGCAACCGGUAUUACUAGAAUACUCUCUUCUAAGUUUGAUAUUUCUUUCCGAAAUGUGGCCAAAAAAGAAGGUUGAAUUUGAGACACUCAACAUUUCCCUUUCAACAGACAUAGACGAUGAAAAUCAAACAUUACUGGUACAAAAUGAUGACCUGGAUAGUGAACAACACCCACUACUGCCGCGCUGUAGUGUCUGGCAUAAAAAUUCAGUACGUGUCCUAGUAAUUGGUUUACUAUACAAUUUCUCAUUUAUGCUAAUUCAGUGUAUUUACAUAUAUGGACCGAGGGAAAAAAUGACAGAUUACAGAUCAUUUUCCAACAUUGUCUUCUUUUGUGCUAAUUUAGUACGAACGCCGCUAAUAAUCAAGUGUUUCUAUGCAUUGAACGGACAACUAAGACCAAAACAGGAAACUAAUAGUGGGAUGAGCUUAGAUCAGUUUGUUAUUAUAACAAGUUCUUUCGCAACUUGUGGAUAUUAUAUUUUAGAUUGUUUCGGUGAUGCAUAUCCAAAUUCAAAACCAUUAGAAGUUCUGUUUCGAAUUAAUGCUGUCCUCCGUGUUUUUGCUACACUUUUUCAAACAUUAUUUAUUUUGCAAAUGAAACACUACAAAAAGAUAGGAGACCAAAAGCCUUUUUGUUCAGUACAAAAUACUUUUUUGUUUGUAUCCUUGGUAAAUCUUGGAAUAUGGAUGUCUUACACUUUUGUUAAUCCCAGAUAUCGUGUGAGACAAUCUAAUUUUUUAUUGGAAAGUUUUUGGUUUCCAUUUGUAAUAUUCUAUCAUUUCGAAUGUUUUGUCGCAUUUUACAAGUUCUUUCGAGCAUAAUGAAAAUAAACUUCGUAUGAACUUGUAAUGACAACACACGUACUUGCAUUGACCGUUUUGUUAUCGUUAUAAAAUUACCGAAUUCUAUGUUAAUUGUAUGCAUUAAUUUUGUAGUUUGUUUUUAAUAAGUUAAAAGGACAAAGUGCGAUUAUGGACGUUUGUUAGUCGUAAUUUUUCACUGAGACAUUACAGUAUAUAUUAAGGAUGUACACCUCUGAGGAGCCAAAAAUUUCUAGAAUUAAACUUUUUUUCUUAACCUGAUUUUUGGGUUUAAAUGACUGUAAAAAAAUAAUUGGUGAAGAAUAAAUCAUAUGGUGGUGCACUUCUAUUUUUGCUACGGCCCGUUGAAAGUACCAAAUUUUGAUGAUUUUCCCAUUUUUUCAUCAAUUUUUACCCAUUUUGGGGCUAUUAUCGUGAAAAAAAUCACAGUUCCACAAUUAGACAUUUGUUCAUACUUUCAAUAAAGAUGAAGUGGACCAAUCUGAAUAAAUUUUACUUAAAAAAACUAUAGGUAGUGUUAAUAUAAGAAAGUUUUAUCAUAUUUUGAUGCUUUUUCGUGUCAAAUUUACCAUGCUGUCAAUUUUGUAAAUUUGUGAUUUUUCUCUGUUUUAAGAACAAAAUGCAUAUUAUUUCAACUUCUUUGUUAUAAAUGAUUGAAAAAUACAUAUCUAAGAAAUUUGAAAAGAAAAAGGGAUAUGGCAUGUACAUGUUUCUGAUAAAAUCCUUUCUUGUACCCCUCACUCAUUUUCUCAAAAUAUUGGCUAAAAAGACUGACUUGAUUGGUAAUAAAAUUUGAAAAAUUUAUUAGUACUCAAAAACUACUUAUUGUAAAUACACAAUUCUUUCACAGAGUUAAGUUUGAUUAUAACAUUUUCUAAAUUCAUUGAUAUUUUCCACUUGUAUCACAUGUUUUGGAAAUAAUUCCAGAACGAGAUUUCAACGAGACUGAAACGUCAGAAGAAUACAUCCUUAAUAUAAAACAAAGUUCAGUACAAUUAGUAAAGACAUCAUACCAAAUGUAAUUAUGACGUCAUAGAACAGAUACUUCCUGGCAUUUUGUAUUUAUAUUUUCUAUAGCAACAUAUUUACUUAGUUUCAUUGGUGCAUGUCUAUAUUUCCACUCGAAAACGCAUGUCCCAAUUUUUACCGUCUUUCGACCUUAAAAUUCGAAAAUUAUUGAAGCAGUUUAAUUGAAAUUACAUUUUUAAUUUUGCACAUAUCGGUCAUUAAUUUUUUUGCAUUUUUAUAGAAUUUUGGCUCAAAUAGGAAUCUCUGAAAAAUCACCUCUUUAUGAUUUUUUUUAAAACUUAAAACUCCUUAUAUUUUCUUCAAUUUCGUGUAUAUACUUUUAUCUCUGGGUAAAUACCUUUUUUUUCUCCUUUUUUCGUUUUCGUUCUUGUUGUUUUUGUUUGUUUGUUUAAUUGCUUGUCUUAAUUUUUCUGACUUGAUACAGUUUACUUUGCUAUCCCAAAUAUCAGUUAUGUUUAAGGCUUUUAGAAUUUUUCAAUUUUUGUCAUAAAUUGUAAACACAUUUGUACGUUACACAAACCAGUUCUCAUCAUACAUAAUUAUAGUUUUAUCAUAGUUAUAUUA